AUGUAUAUUUAUCAGUUACCAUUUGAAGUAAACAAGGAAUUGUGUAGAUUACUUGACAGUGACGAUAAUUGGAAAGAACUAGCUGGUGUUCAUAUGAAAUACUCGCCUUUUGAUGUUAAUGAAAUUGAACAAGUGGCAAAACGCCAAACAUCAUCUCCAACUGCCCAGCUGUUUAUUAGAUGGGGACAGCUCAAUCAUCGGGUUGAGGAACUCUUUAUCUUGUUGUAUCGCAUGAAGCAUAUACCAGCUCUACGAUGCCUCGUACCAGUUGUCGACAGUAGAUUCCACAGACUUCUAAGUAAACAAGAUAGCAAUAAAGGUGUUAGAUGUAACGAUACAGCUGGUAUUAAUGAAAAUGCGAAUCAACAGACUGCAAAAGCUGAUGGAACUUACUCUUCGAUACCUAUACCCGUGAUGUUAAUACAAAAGGGAAUACAGAUCCCGGUAUCCAGUAGAGUGUCGAACGGUGUCUCACCUAACGAUGAGUCAAGUGUGGAGACAAGUACGAAUAACACAUCUACGAACGAUACUAAACCGUCCGGAUUAGACGAUGAGCUCAUCAAGAAGAUUUCAGCCAUACCUAUGGUGGACUAUGAAGAGUUGAAAAUCGCCACUAAUAACUGGAGCGACAACAAUUUAUUGGGUAGGGGCGGGUUCGGACAAGUAUACAAAGGUGUUUGGAAGCUCUCAGCGGUAGCAGUGAAGCGAUUACGUAACAACGACGGACGCAGCAAUAAGGAACUGAUCGGCGAAAUGUGUCUCAACCAAUACCGGCACGACAAUAUUUUGCCAUUGUAUGGAUACAGCCUUGGAGGUCCAGAAGCAUGUCUAGUGUACCAGUACAUGGCGGGAGGCUCGUUGGAACAAAGACUGAGAUGUAAGACCGUACAUCCGCCUCUGACGUGGUCGCAACGUUACAAAAUUGCCCAUGGUGUUGCCAGAGGUCUACAAUACCUCCACACUAUGGCCGGAACACCGUUAAUCCACGGCGAUAUAAAGCCGGCAAACAUAUUGUUGGAUCAGUGCAUAAUGCCCAAGAUAGGGGAUUUCGGGUUGGCAAGAAAAGGUCCGUAUGGGGAAGAGAGGACGCAUUUGAAGGUUUCCAGAGUACAUGGCACUCGACCAUACCUGCCGGACGAAUACCUGCGUUCUCACUACCUGUCCCCAGCCGUGGACGUUUUCAGCUAUGGCGUGGUAAUGCUAGAGUUGGCUACGGCUCUGCCCGCUAUGGAGAGGACGAGGGCCGUACAACUCUUGAGCGACUUUAUGCAUUUGCAGAAUCGCGAGAGAGUCGAUUUUGCCGCAUUAGAAGAUCGCAACAUACGCGGCACGCCAAAUUCGAAUCCUUCACUGUGUCGGGAGUUCGCAGCAAUCGGUCUGCAUUGCACACAAUACAACAGACAGGAACGGCCCACUAUGCUCGAAGUUUACAAACGAUUGGACGGAAUGAACUUGCCAGAAAAAUAUUUCCCAUAG